AUGACACGAUCAAGACUGGUAGCAGCCGCCCGGACGGCAAGGCCCUUCUUGGCCACUCCCGCUCGCCAGGGCCGGCCCCUCGCAUCCGUCGCCGGACUGAGCUCCACGGCUCCGGCCCCGAGAACGGCGGGAACAUCACAAUUACACAACAACCACCGCUUUUACAGCUCGGCAUCGGCAUCCCGUGCAAACUGGAAAGAGAAGCUCGCCGCCUUCUCCAAGCAGGAUAAGACCCCUCUCUACGACUUCCACGUCGCCCACGGCGGCAAAAUGGUCAUCUUUGGCGGCCACCACAUGCCCGUCCAGUACGCCGGCCAGUCCCUCGCCGAGUCCCAUCACUUCACCCGCACCCACGCUUCCCUCUUUGACGUCUCCCACAUGGUCCAGCACCGCUUCACCGGUCCCAAGGCCGCCGCCUUCCUCGAGACCGUGACCCCCUCCAGCGUCGCCGACAUGGAGCUCAACACGAGCAAGCUCAGCACCUUCUUGCACCCGGGCACGGGCGGCAUCGUCGACGACACAAUGAUUACCCGCCUCGGCGAGCACGAGUACGCCGUCGUCUCCAACGCCGGCACCCGCGAAAAGAUCUUUGCCUACCUCACCGAGCACACCGCCGCGCUCCAGAACCCCGAGGGCACCGACUUCUGGUGGGAGGUCCUCGAGGGCUACGGUCUCGUCGCCCUCCAGGGCCCCCAGAGCGCCGAGAUCCUCCAGGAGGUCCUCGACCCGGCCGACGGGUUGGACCUGAGCACCCUCUACUUUGGCACCACGGGCUUCGCCCGCCUCCGGUACCAGGACAGCCAGGGUCAGUGGCAAUCGACGCCCGAAAAGGCCAUGAUCAGCCGCGGAGGCUACACGGGCGAGGACGGCUUCGAAAUCUCCUUCAAGUCCACCAACGGCGAGGCCGGCCCCAUCGCCGAGACACUGUUGAAGGUCGCCGGCCCGGAGAGGCUGCAGCUCGCGGGUCUCGGCCCACGCGACAGCCUGCGACUCGAGGCGGGCAUGUGCCUGUACGGCCACGACAUUGACGACACGACGACCCCCGUCGAAGGCAGCCUGUCGUGGAUCAUCCCCAAGGAGCGCCGCACAAAGGGUGGCUUCCACGGCGCCGAGGUGAUCAACAAGCAGCUCGUGCCCAAGAGCAAGGGCGGUGCGGGCAUCGAGAGGCGCCGCGUGGGCUUUGUGAUCUCGGGCGCGCCGGCCCGCGAGGGCGCCGAGAUCUUUACAAAGGACGGAGAGAAGGUCGGCGUCAUCACCAGCGGUUCGCCCAGCCCGACGUUGGGCAAGAACAUUGCCAUGGGCUACGUCAAGGAAGGUCUGCACAAGUCCGGCACCGAGCUGGACGUUGUGGUGCGAGGCAAGAAGAGGGGAGCCGUGGUUUCCAAGAUGCCGUUGGUCCCUAGCAAAUAUUUCAAGGGACCGACUCCCGCGCCUGCGUAG